UGUGCCUUCGCAGAGUCCGUCUGUCCCCACCAGUGCAUACAUCGCCACCGCCGACGUCAUGACCUCGCGGGUGACCAGCAACGAAUCCUCCAUGGACGAGGUCGAGGAAGUGUUUCGAGUACUGCGCGGCCAGGAGCGCGUGGUGGGUGUCAUAGCGACCACGUCGGACGGGGCGCCGAUCAAGUCGACGCUCGAGGACGAAGGCAAGACCGGCCGGUACGCGCAGCUGGCGGCGGGCCUGUGCGACCAGGCCAGGAGCUCCAUGAGCGACGCGGGCCCCGGCGAGGAGCCGACGUUCCUGAAGAUGAAGACCCGUCACCACGAGGUCGUCAUCUCGCCCAGCAAGAGGUACACGCUCAUCGUCCUCACCGAGGUGCCGCAGCCGUCCCCCGAGGUCGGGCAGUGAGCGGCUCGUCGACUUUUCCUCACGCGGUGGUUGGGAAACGUGUAACACUCGUGUGAGGUCUCAAGAUACCUCCAACGAAAUUUGACGAACACUUUACUUCGGAUGUGCGCGAUCG